AUGGCUUUCAACAAGGAAGACUCCAUGGCAAACUUUGUGCAACAGGCCACUGAUUUCCAAGGAAAAAUUAUGAUUUUGAUCUGCCUUUCGGCAAUCAUGGGCUUGGGAAAAGGCGGUGUCCCAGGCUUUGCCACGGUUGCCACAGCCUUGGUGGUUGCCACAGCCCCUCGAGACGUUCAAGGUGGCUUGGGGUAUUCUGUGGCAUUAAUGGUGCCUAUUCUGACCAUGAUUGAUGUUUAUGCGGCCUGGUUGCACCGCAAGUGUCUGGACUGGUCGUCCAUUUGGCAACUACUGCCAUUGUCGUUUGUGGGAAUGUUUUUGGGGCAGAAGUUGGACCAAUACUUGUCGGAUCGGUCGGCGAGAAUCAUUGUGGGGUCCAUUUUGCUGUCCAUUUUAAUAUUGCGCAUCAAGGAUAUGAUACCUUCUUCGCUUGCCUCAAAAGUCCCCUCUGUCUUUGGCAAGAAGGAAAAGGUGGAAGGAAGCCUUCCCCUGAUGCGACAUGAAACACCAACAGGGUCCAAUCCGUCACAACAAGGAUCAACACUAGUCUGGGCUUGUAUCGUGGGGUUGUUUGGAGGAGCAGCUACCAUGUUGACAAAUUCAAUGGGUCCAAUUCUUAAUGUUUAUUUGCUUAGUGUUCGCAAGUUGCCGCCAGAAUCCUAUAUUGGGUCAAGGGCCAUGUUCUUUUGCUUUUUGAACGUUGGGAAACUUCCAAUGCGAUUCGUUGGGGGGACUCUGGGAUGGCCCAUGAUGCCAUUGGCGUUUGGUUUAGGAUUGGUUGCUAUUAUUGGUGUAUAUUGUGCCAAACCAAUCAUGCUUAGCAUGUCACCAGAUACCUUUACCAAGUUGGAGCUUUUAGUGGUGGUGCUAUGUGGUUUCAAGUUGCUCUUGUUCUAA